AUGCUUCCAACACCAAACCUUGAUCACAUAACCUCGAAUGAUUAUGAGAAUGUGUAUGAACCAGCAGAGGACACCUUUUUAUUCCUUGAUGCUCUUGAGAAUGAUAUUGAAUUUCUCAAGAACGACGUAAAUCCUUGUAUCUGUUUAGAAAUUGGUUCAGGUACAGGGUGUGUGUCGACGUUCCUUGGUCAAUUACUUGGUGAUGGAACUGCAC